AAAACCAUUUAAGAUGAACAUGCAAAAUGCUGCACUUCGGAGGGCAGCACAAGUGUCACAGCAGUUUGGUUUUCCAAGGACCCUCUUCUUCACAGUUAUCAUAUUUGUGCUCAUUUGUGUCAUUUAUUUCUUUAUUGGAUUAAAAAAUGAGAAUAACUACAAGUCUGCGCAAAUUUACCCUUUCUGGAAAAAGAAGCUAUUACCCUUGACGCCAUGCGGUUUGAAAGUGCAAAAUGAUCCGAUCAUUAAAGUCAGCAGUCAGAAAACAUAUCUGGUCGGCUCUUACAUAGAGCACCGACAGAUGCCAAAAAUGAUAAGGACGAUCGCUAUAGUGCAUCGUAGUGAAAAAACAAAAUAUAACUGCUUGCUGUGCUGUGAUGGACAGAUCAUAUCCAUACAUGCUUCAUUUGACAUUCACUCUGACCACUUUGGCUUUGAAUAUGGCACGGCUGAUAUUACCUGCCUAAUACCAGACAUGUGUACAAAUCCCACACAUGUGGCAAUCACUUCCCAAUCACCUGAAGAGGAUGAAUCCUUGCAGGACAUUCACAUCUUACAACCUGUUAGAAAUCAACAGAAACAGGAAGUCUUUCCUUAUGACUUUACAGUUUGCAUUUCUACCAUGUUCAAUUAUGAGAAUGUCCUGGAGCUUGUGCAGGCCAUGGAGAUGUUCAAGAUACUUGGUGUCCAGAAGGUAGUGAUUUACAAAACAAGCUGCAGUAAUGAUGCACAGAAGGUCCUAGAUCACUAUGCCAGUCAGAACUUUGUGGAGAUCAUCCCCUGGACAAUAGGAUCUUACAUCAAUGUGUCCCGAGGCUGGCAGAAGUCGGUAUCACCAGGAGAGCUGCAUUACUUUGGCCAAAUUGCAGCACUUAAUGAUUGUGUUUAUCGUUACAUGUACCAGAGUCACUAUGUAGCUUUGCAAGACUUGGAUGAAACCAUUUUACCUAUGAAUCUAAAAAACUGGACAGAGCUCCUGCCUCAAUUAGAGAGUAAAUACAAUCAUAUUGGUGGCUUUGAAUUUGAGAAUAAUUUUUUUCCCAUUUCCAUCAGAGAUUCAAGCUCUAAGUAUUCACCAGACUCCUGGAAGAAGGUUAUGGGAGUCAACAUUUUAGAACAUAUCAUUAGAAUAAAAAACGAUCCCAACAAAUUCAAUGAUUUCAAAAUUAUUGUUAACCCUCGAUUAGUUUAUAUGACUACAGUCCAUGGCCUUUUGAAGUCGAUUAAGGGGACUGUCAGAGUAGACCCUCAGAUUGCUCGUAUGUAUCACAUUCGAGACAUCCCAAAGGUAAAUUUGGCAAAGAGUUCUCAAAUACAGGACACCCAUCUUAGGGACUAUGUGGACAGUCUGAUCCCUGCUGUUUCUAAAGUCCUUCAACAAGCACUGGGAAUUUACUAAACUGGAAAAUUAAUAAUUGCUAAGACAAAUAUGUGAAAAAAAUUUCCAAGGAAGAAUUUUAUAAACAAUUGUGUAAUUUAUCUAUAACUAAAUGGUGUGACACUGGUCAAUGCAAAUGAAAACUAUUAACUAUUAAUUGAGUGCUGUAUUUUAAAUCCACCAAAAAUAAGUAAAAAAGUUUAAUGACCUGCUAAUCCAAAUUGCAUGAUUCCAGCAUUAUUCAGAUGAUCAGGAUCUGGGCAUCAGAACGCUCCUGGACAGUCUGUGGUGCCACUUGUGGUUUUGGUGUGGCUACUUGGUGUGGUUAUCUGUUAAAUUUACAGGGCACCAGGUGUGGACUUGCCAAUUUUAAUGUCCUCUGGCAAAUGGCAUUCGAGCUGCAUGCUGCUGGACUGUAAGCAUAGGUUCCACUAGGGGAUGUCGUCCCACACACCACCCACAUGAAGUCUGUUUCUGACAGCUUGGUCAGAAAAAUACAGUCAUACAAAUACAAAAUACAAAUACAAAAAUACAAUAAACUGGUAUCAUUUCAUUCAUCUGCCUUGCACCCAUCAUUAUUAUUAUUAUUGUUGAUUAAUUAUAUAAUACAAAACAAAGAGUAGGAUCACUGGUCAGCAUUAUUAUUAUUAUUUGUUGUUGUUGUUUGUUUUACUGAAACACUACUGAAUUCCAGUGUCCCCCUUUAUCUAAUCCCUGACUGUGUCAAACACUUAAUACACUACAGCCAGGACAGGUUCUGGGCCCACCACAAACCUGGCCAAGAUGAAGUGGUUUCUCAGGAUAAACAAAUGCAUUUUCCACUAGUGGAAUGCAGAAUGCUGUUCCAAACUGUUGUUCCAAAGGGUUAAAAACUGUUUCAAACUGUUUAAAAAAGUCCUAUUUAUACAAAUCAUAGAGACAGUUAUAAAAAUAAAAAAAAGAUGAGUAAGAUGUGAUUUUUGCCUGCUGCAGUAUAACAAGGGCCUAUUGUUUACAUAUAGUGAAAUAAAUAAAUAUAUUAUUAUUAUUAUUAUUAUCAUUAUUAUUAUUAUUAUUAUUAUUAUUACUAUUAUUGUUAUUUAUUUACUUUUAACUGUA